AUAGUAUCGUGUUUAAGUCAUAGUAAUUGGCUUAUAGAAACCUGUAAUAAAAUGCAGGAUGAUUCUGGGAAUGUGGCAGAGGUACCUGUCGUACCGAAUCAUGAAGAGAUGUCCAGUGAGAACAAGGUGUAUCCAGCUGAACAGAAAGCUUUCAAACCCGAUACCGAAAUAGACUCGCAUAAGGAACCCGAAAAAGGACCUCGAGUUUAUCCAAAUCUAGCUUUGGAGCCCAUAAAUGCCGCCGAAGAUGGACGGGCACCAGGUCAGGGCGACUUGUCUUCACCAGCUACGUUAAACCAAAUUGUGUACGAGCAGCAAGGGCAAGAAGAAAUUCCUGCAAAAGUCCCUCUUGAUAAUAAAAACUUAAUGAGCCCUGUAUUAGAAGAACCACGACCUGAACCCAAUGAAAGGGUAGAUCAAAAUCCACCGACUCCUUCAAAUUGGGAACGAUCUGCACGUCUCGUGCUUAUAAAGUGCAUUAAUGAUUUUCAACAGAUUCGUGCAUGCGCGAAGUUUGAUCCAUUACGUAAAGUAAUGGACGACCUAAAGCCCAGUCUUCAAACUGACAACGAAUACGACAAAACUCUUCUUAUCGAUUUUUUUCAACAUGCUUUUGAAAUUGCUCAAGAUGACGUCUUAAAUAUUGCUCUAAACACCGUAUCAAAGUUAGCAUCUUUUGCUUACUUCCCAGCUGACAAAAAGGUUUCAGCUUCAAAUCCUUCCUCCAAAUCAAUGCUACAAUGCAUCGUGGAUAUGGUAUGUGAUUGUAUCAAUGAUGAAGUUGUUGAUGGAACAUUGCAACUCAAUGUUGUCAAAGCUCUUUCUGCAUUCAUCCUUUGCCCUAACAAGAACGAUUUACUUCAUGGAGCUAUUCUUCUCAACUCCAUUCGCAAGCUUUAUAAUAUUUUCCUUCUUGGCGAUGAUGAUUCCAUACAAUCUGUAGCUCAGGCAUCUCUGACUCAAGCUGUUGGGAUUGUUUUUGAACGUUUACGUAUGUUUCAUCCUUCCAAACCAUCUACAAAUUCUAGGUUUAACGACAUCGCCACUGCAAGCACUGACUCUUUACAUGAAAAUGUCUCAAAUGCGGAAGAAAAAAUAACUCUGCAAUCAAUGGCUUCCAACGGAACGUCGAAGUUGGAUUAUGUGAAAAUGGAUGUUGAAAAUUCCAAGACUACUAGUCUGGAGCAUUUAUCUCUGCAGGAUGCAUAUCUAGUAUUCCGUACCCUAUGCAGGCUUGCAGUACGCCAUAGUUCUUCUGAAAAAGUUGACAACAUACGUUCUCAGGCCAUGAGAUCAAAGCUUAUAAGCCUUCACCUUAUUUAUUUUAUCUUAGACAAGAAUGGUGACUUGUUCACGGAAUUGACUUUCCCUUUUCAAAACAUACCUGCAUUAGAGGGAUUAACACUAGUACAAGCAUCACGUCAAUACAUAUGUUUAGUAUUAUCUCGAAAUGCUGUAAGCCCAAUACCCCAAGUGUUUGAAAUUUGCUGCGAUAUUUUUUGGCUUAUCGUAUCCACCUUGCGUAUACAUUUUAAACAGGAAAUUGCCGUUUUUUUUCACGAAGUUUAUUUUCCUAUAUUGGAUUUAAAAAAUACCUCUUACAAUCAAAAGCUUCAUACACUUUUGAUUUUCCAACGUAUUUGUCGAAAUCCCAGGGCACUGGUUGAAUUAUAUAUUAAUUAUGAUUGCGACCGCAAUUCGACAACUAAUGUUUUUGAACAACUUCUAUUUUCUAUAUCAAAAACCAAUUCUAUCACUCCUUUAGAUCCAAACACAUAUCAAUAUGAAGACUUGCUUCCUUCAAUGGAAACUUCUAACAGAAGUGCUACUCCUUUCUUGACUACUAAUUCUAGCUCUCUUAAUUCAGAAGUAGUACAAUUAACCAAUUUUAGCGAUUAUCAGUUAAAGCUGAAAGCAUUGGAAUGUGUCAUCGAUGUUUUGCAUUCCUUGAUGAGUUGGGCCGAAAGCGGAUUUUAUUUAGCUAGGGGCAAUAUAUCCGCAGAUGAAAAUACGACAGGUGCUGAUGAUGAUUCCUUAGCUCGUUCAGACACCCCUAAUACACUCCCUCUACACAGUGGUCGUCCAUCUGUUGAAACGAACUCAUGCAGUAGCAGUUCAUUGGCAUUAGCUGAUCCUUCAGAAUUUGAGUUGAAUAAGCAGCGAAAAAAUUUGUUGCGACAUUGCAUAAAUAAGUUUAACUAUAAACCGUUGUUAGGAAUUAAACACCUCUCUGAGAAUGGAUUUGUCAACACUGACGAUCCUGCAUCAUUAGCUACAUUCUUAUUUAACACUGAAGGUUUUGAUAAGACUACUCUCGGUGAUUACUUGGGAGCUGGAGAGGAGUACAACAUAUCUGUUAUGCACAACUUUAUCGACUGUUUUAACUUUGCCAAUUACCGCUUUGUUGAUGCCUUACGUCGUUUGCUGCAGGCUUUCAGAUUGCCAGGUGAAGCCCAAAAAAUCGAUCGUAUUAUGUUGAAAUUUUCUGAGCGUUAUAUGAAAGAAAAUCCAUCAGCUUUCGCAAAUGCUGAUACAGCUUACAUAUUGGCGUACUCUAUUAUCAUGUUAAACACCGACUUACAUUCGCCUCAAAUAAAAAAUAAGAUGUCGAAGGAAGAUUUCGUAAAAAACAAUCGAGGAAUUAACAGUGGCGGCGAUCUGGAUGAAGAUUACCUUGGUUUUGUUUAUGAGGAUAUUUUAAAUAAUGAAAUUGUUCUUAAAGACGAACAACAAUUGGCUGCCAUAGCACCAUUGAUGACUUCUAACAACAAUGUAGGCCUUUUCGCUGCUUCUUUUACUCAGACGGGUCGUGACUUACAGAGGACUGCGUAUCUUCAAGCUUCAGAAGAGAUGGCUAACAAGACAACCACCGUCCUUAAGAAGCUCAUGAAGCAGCAGAAACAUAAUCCAAAAAAAGAGAAUGUAUUUUACAAUGCUAAACACUUUGAGCAUAUUGGACCAAUGCUUGAAGCGGGGUGGAUGCCCAUUUUGGCAGCCAUAUCAAAUCCUUUACAAGAAUCUGAAUACUUGUAUGAAUUAUCUUGGUGUUUGGAAGGGUUUCAGUAUGUGAUUCAUAUAGCUUGUCUUUUCGGCCUUGAUUUAGUUCGUGAUGCUUUUAUAAAAACACUGGUCAAUUUCACGAACUUGCAUUCCGCCUAUGACAUAAAAACUAAAAAUACCAUGGUCAUAAAAACACUGCUUAAAAUUGCAUGUACUGAAGGCAACGAUUUAAGGUCUUCUUGGAAAGACAUUCUUACCAGUAUUAGUCAAUUGGAACGUGUUCAAUUAAUUGGCGAAGGGGUCGACGAAACAGAGAUUCCGGAUGUUAUAAAUGCUAGAGUACGACCAUCGAACUCAAUGAAAACUCGUCAAAUGAGUGGAACUCUUCAAAAUCAAACGCCUAGAUCCACUUCGAAACAACUAUCCUUUGAUGUUAUUUCUGAGUUGAUGUCUACUGAAACUAUACUCUCCAUUGACAAAAUUUUUACGCAGACUUCUUCCCUAUCGGGUGUUGCUAUAAAAUCUUUUUUUGAAGCUCUAUGUGAAGUUGCAUGGGAUGAAAUAACUUCCUCUAGUGAUUCCGAAAAUCCCCGCCUAUUUAGCUUGCAAAAGCUUGUUGAGAUUUCAUAUUACAAUAUGGGAAGAAUCAGAGUUGAGUGGUCUUCUAUUUGGAAUGUGCUGGGAAAAUUCUUUAAUUUGGUUGCUAGCCACAGGAAUAAACGUGUUGCAGUGUUUGCUUUAGACUCCUUAAGACAACUAUCCAUGCAUUUCUUACAAAUUGAAGAACUUUCUUUGUUUUCUUUCCAAAAAGAAUUUCUCAAACCUUAUGAAUAUGUCAUGUCAUCUGAUGCUUCUGUUGAUGUUAAAGAGCUCGUGUUGCAAUGUAUUCGCCAAAUGAUACAAGCUAGAGUUUCCAGUAUAAAAUCAGGAUGGAAAACACUGUUUGGGGUUUUUACUUUUUCUGCUAAAGCCCGAGAUGAUACUUUGCUUUUAUUGACUUUUGAGACACUCUUGGACAUUUUUGAACACCAUUACAAUUUUAUAGUUCAACAAAGUUGUCUGAUUGACAUGGUUGUUUCUUUUACCGAAUUAUGCAAGAAUGGUGUUAAUCAAAAAAUAUCUCUGCAAAGUCUUGACGUUAUUAAGAAGAUAUACUCCAAACUGGUUUUAGAAGCUAAAAGCAAAAAGAAUACUAAUGAGGAAGAAGUACCAAAAUCUGCAUUCCCUAUUUUAUUCGCUUAUUAUGAUGUUGUAGUUUCUGCUGAAGACUUGGAAGUGCGUUCUAGAGCUCUUCAAAAUAUGUUUUAUAUAUUUCUUGAAGAGUCCGAUGAAUUUACUGAGCAGAUAUGGGAGAUCGUUUCGCGAAAGUUCAUUUUUCCUAUUUUUUCAACGUUUAGUUUAGAUUCUGAUGACAUUUUGCUACGUGACGAGGAAGUUCGUACUUGGCAAUCGACGACUCUGGUAGAAGCUCUGAAGGGUAUUGUUGCGUUAAUUUCUCGCCGGCUUGAGAAACUUCAUACCCUACUCAAAGGUUAUUUUCGGUUGUUUAGCACUUGUAUAUGUCGCGACAACGUUAGCUUGUCUCGAAUUGGUACUAGUUGCAUGCAACAGGUUUUACUUGAAAAUGCACAUAGGUUUACAAAAGGUGAUUGGGAUUUAGUCGUCGAGCUCUUUGUUGAGCUUUUUCGCGAAACUACUCCGCAUAAAUUGUUAUUGGAAGAAGCCUUUUGGUUCGAUGACGAAAAUUUUAUCCGUUUUAAUUCAGCUCAUUCUCAAGCCACAAGGACUGAGGUUGACAAAAGUUCUGUAAAUCUUAUUGCAGAAAAGCAGAACGAAUUUCGGUCCAUGAUUCGAAAAUGCAUACUGCAACUUUUGCUAGUCAGUAUUGUUGCUGAAUUACUGGAUUACGAAAAUAUCUUCAAGUACAUUCCGCAACAUCAAGUUUUAAAACUCACACAAGCAGUUUAUGAUUCAUGGCAGUUUGCCAGAAAAUUUAACGAAAACAAAUCCUUACGUGUUUCUUUACUUAAUAUUGGCUAUAUGAAGCAGUUACCUAAUUUAUUACGCCAAGAAACAGCGAGCGCAUUAUUGUACAUCACUUUGCUCUUUAGAUUAUUGAAUAGCGAAAGCUUACCGGUUGAUUCAAGUUCUUGUACUGAAGUUACCAACCUACUUUUUCCUGCCUGUGCGGGAUUAUUAGAACUUUAUGCUUCCAUGACCAUUGAGAAACACACACGGAAUCACGCUAGCUGGCAGCCCGUUAUUGUAACCAUUCUUGAUAAUACAUUAAAGCUUCCUGAAAGUUUGUUCAUUGGCUCCAUGCGACAAUUAUAUUACUCUUGUUGUUCCAUGAUAGCUAAAGGAAGUCUUGAUGAUCAGCUUCGAGGAUUGUUAAAAGCUUAUUUCAAUCGGGUGGGUCGUACUUUUCUUGAGAAAGAACCGAAAGAACCGAAAGACUAACUAUAGCUAUGCAUACACAGUGCCUCCUAUUUAAUGAGUAAAUGAUGUAUUUCUUCUUUUAUACGCUUUUGUUUAUACGGUUUUAUGGUUGUGCCAAACUAUUUCUUCUUUCUAUCGUUGACUUAUGAUGUCUUAUUUUUUUGAAUGUUUGUUAAAUUAGAGUGAAUAAAUAACAACCAUUACUCAUUUUUUUUUUUUUCCGUAACUUUUAGUAUUCUUACCUUUUUUUAUAUUUAUUGUACCUAUAUUAUCUAAGCAGCCUGUGC